AAAGUGCAUCGCUUAUGACACGUCACGGUCUCAUCCAAGCCCCCUUGGACAAUCACUUUUCAUAUUCUAGUUUAUAUAUAAACCCGCGCCGCAGUCUGGUGGACACUAGCGCUGUACCAUGGCGUCUUUUCCCCGCGUACAGAUUCCAUCAAGUCUACUGUGUCAAGUACCAGUUGUAUUGUAGUUUGAUGACAGUUAAUGUCGUCGUCGUCAGUCAAAAGUUCUAAGUAAACAAUGCCGCGAAAAAGAAAUACGGAGAUUCGCCGAAACAGCAGAGGAAAUCCAUGGUGUGCACAUUGUGGAGAUUACGUCUCGAAUUCCACUUAUUAUGCUCACGUAAGAGCACAUGGAGCUGAGGUCUGCAAUGGUAUCUCUGAAUCAGCCGGACUAGAGAAAAAGCAACGUUUGGCAGUGACACAAGAAACUUCACAAGAAGACGAGCCGACAGACGACCCCGUCCCGGGCCCCUCUAGGGUGAAUACGGAACUCAAUGAUGCUGACUUGGAAAUAUACUACCAUGAGGACCAACACGUCAGUCUUGAUGAGGGGGAUGAGCUCGAGGGGGUUGAAGAGCUGCAGGACGAGGAUGAAACAGAUGUAGAGGAAGUGGAGAUAGAUUCUGAAGAAAGUCAUGAAGAGGAUGAGGAGGACAGACAUUUUGCUACCGGUCUAUCAUAA